AUGGGAAGAAGCAGCUCUCGUUGUGAUAAGGAGGGAGCAAACAAAGGGGCCUGGACUGCUCAUGAAGAUCAGGUUCUGAGAGACUAUGUCAAAGAGAACGGUGAAGGGAAAUGGGGGAAAAUGUCGAGGGAAACAGGUCUGAAGAGAUGUGGAAAGAGUUGCAGGCUAAGGUGGUUGAAUUAUCUGAGGCCUGAUAUCAAGAGAGGAAACAUUACAGAGGAUGAAGAAGAGCUCAUCAUUAGGCUUCAUAAACUCUUAGGCAACAGAUGGUCACUGAUAGCCGGAAGGCUUCCAGGGCGAACAGACAAUGAGAUAAAGAACUACUGGAAUUCUACCUUAAGGAAGAAACAGGAAAACAGCUCAAGACGGUCUAGAAAUGAGAGGAAAACCAUCAAGGACCCUUAUUUGACCAACAAUGAAAUCAGAUCAACAAGCAGCACCAGAAAUGAAUCAGCAGAACAACCAUUUCUCUCUGGAGUUGAAAGGACAGAAUCAGAUUCUGGUGAUGGAUUCUUGCCGACCACCACCGGUGAAAGUGAUAUGGCAUGGAACUUCAUAAUGGAUCUAAAUGCAGGACAACUUAGCAUAUCUGAGUUUCUUCAUACUGACUUCUCUAAGCUUUGUGAAUUGAAUACCAUGGUCGUCGACUGCACGAAUGGUGCAGACAUCGGUCAUUUAGAGUUAUAA